CAGACCUUUUGACAAUCCAAGGUCCAUGUCUGUCAAACUUCCUCUUACAACUCCUUUUGUUCUUUCCAGCACUCCUUCUCUUAGCAGCGUAGACUGUGAUUGAGUCCGUCGGCCGCAUUACGUCGCUUGCCUCAAAAGCCCAUUCCAGACGAGUCCUUGAUUCCCUGAACGGAAAGGCGCAGUGCACCUCGUUCCGUCAUGGCUGCUCAGCAGCAAAAGAGCGGCAAGCCGUGGAGCGGCAACAACAAAAUUCCCACCGUCAAUCAAUUUAUAGCGAAUCUCGACCGUAACAAGGCAGAUCGCGACAAGGGAAUCGAUGAACGGCAACGAAAUGUUGGGGCUUCCAGUGAAAUCACUCCCCACAAGAAUGAGAAGCAGAAGAACGAGGGCAAAACUGUGACUGAUCCAGUGACCGGAAGGGACAUUGUCAUCGCAGACGUUGGCAAGGAGUAUAUGAAAAGAGCAGACAAUCCUCAGCUGUCUGUACCUAAUGCAAAUUUAGGGAGGCCUACGACAGUCGCGACCGAUCCAUCCCAAAAGAACCCUGAAUACAAGGAAAAGCAAGAUAUCACUGCACCUCCUGAUCCCAUCGCUGAAGGAGCUACUUCCGAUGUACCCAUCCACGGUGAAAAGACCAACAUUCUAUUCCAUCCAACCCCUUCCGUCAGCUAUGAGCCCAUGUUCGAAAUCCUCGAGAAGCGCGCUGGUGGCUUGUGCAUUGCCAUAUUGCUCUCCAUCGUCUUCCUGGGAAAGAUGUUCGGUGGCUCUCUGAAAGGGUUGAUACCACUGGGCAUGUGUCUUGCUUCAGGCGUGUGGUUGUGGAUGAAGGAGGUGGUCAGAAGUGGUCGCGAAGUCGAGUGGUCUAGUGAACAAUCUCGGGGCGAGACUGCCACUGCAAACCUCCUUCCCGAAUCUGUCGAAUGGAUGAACACAUUUUUGUCUGUUGUCUGGGGCCUCAUCAACCCUGAUAUGUUUGCUGCCGUUGCCGAUACCCUGGAAGACGUCAUGCAAGCCUCGGUGCCUGGCGUGAUUAACAAUGUUCGAGUGGCAGAGAUUGACCAAGGCAAUAAUCCGAUUCGAAUUCUCAGCUUGCGAGCACUACCGGACUCGAGAGUACAAGACCUCAAACAGAGCAUUCAUGAGGAGAAUAAGAAGACGAAAGACCCCCAGGAAGCCGCUGCUGACGAGGAGGGUGGUGAAUACUACAAUCUUGAGAUUGCUUUCGCUUACCACGCUAAGCCCACUGGCCAGAGUGCUUCUUCUCGUGCGAGAAACAUGCACAUGAACCUUGUUUUCUACUUGGGUAUUAAAGGACUCAUCGGAGUACCGUUACCGAUCUUCGUCGAACUGCAAGAGCUGGUCGGGACUGUACGUCUACGGUUGCAGAUGACUCCGGAGCCACCGUUUGCAAAGAGUCUCACCUUCACUCUGAUGGGCGUCCCUCAUGUCCAAGCAGGCUGUAUUCCGAUGAUGAAACGUGGAGUGAAUAUUCUCAAUCUACCGCUGAUCUCAAACUUCGUCAAUUAUGCCAUCGGAGCUGCGGCAAGCAUGUAUGUGGCUCCCAAGUCAAUGCAAAUUGAUUUGAAAGCCAUCCUCCAGGGAGAUGAUAUCACCAAGGAUACCCAGGCCAUUGGUGUCAUGUGGAUUCGAAUCCAUCGUGCUAUCGGUCUCAGUAAACAGGAUCGUCGUGGCAGCAAGUACGGUGGUAGUGAUCCAUACAUCAAUCUGUCAUUCUCGAAAUAUGGCAAGCCUAUGUACUGCACUCGCGUCAUCACCGACGAUCUCAAUCCCGUGUGGGAAGAGACUGCUGCACUUCUGGUUACUCCUGAUCUGGUCAAGGCUGAUGAACAGCUCAGUGUUGAGCUUUGGGAUUCGGAUCGGAACUCUGCGGACGACAUGGUCGGAAAGAUCGAAUUGUCGAUGCAGAAGAUGAUUCAACAUCCUGGCAAGAUGUACCCCCAGAUCUCCAAGCUGGCUGGUGUGGCUGAUGGAAGUGAAAUGCCUGGUGAAUUGCAUUGGGAAGUUGGAUAUUUUGGAAAGCCCAAGUUCCGGCCCGCUCUUCGAACAGAUGGCAAGGACAAAAACCUUCCUGCCCAACUCAAGCAUGAUGCACAGUUCCAGGACGAAAAGGGUACCCUCGACACUGAAGACGCUGACGCCGUGGCGCAUACACCCCCGGAUCCACUGUGGCCCAGUGGCGUACUAAGUGUUGUUGUCCAUCAGAUUGUGAAUCUGGAACUAGAGAACAUCAAAGGCUCUGACGGUAACAGAAAGGGCAAGGAAUUCGAGCCUGCCAAACCAUUCGGCGAGGGGACCGAUGAAGAAUCUAACAAAUUGCCCACAUCUUACUGUACUAUAUUGUUCAACGACUCUCUUGUCUACCGCACUCGAGCCAAAGCUGUCAGCAGCAAACCUAUUUUCAAUGCUGGCACUGAGCGAUUCAUGCGCGACUGGAGAUCUGGCAUAGUCACCGUCACUGUACGCGAUCAACGUAAUCGCGAACAUGAUCCGAUCCUCGGCGUUGUUCCUCUUCGUUUAUCAGAACUUCUGACCACUAGCUCUCAAGUGACGCGAUGGUACCCACUCGAUGGAGGCAUUGGCUUUGGUCGCAUCAGAAUCUCUCUGCUAUUCCGAAGCGUCGAAACUCGCCUACCGCCAAACAUGCUGGGCUGGGAUGUGGGCACUUUCGAAUUCCUUUCCAGCCAGAUCAUUGCCAAGGGUUGGGAUCAUAACACGAAACUCAAGCUUCGCACUGGUGGCAGUGUGGGCAAGAUUCCUCGAGAGCGCUGCCACAAGACUGAGGCCGGUGACGGGGUGUACUUCGACGUAUCACCUGAAAACAACUACCACGUUCGUCUUCCCGUGAAAUACCGAUAUCGAUCACCUGUCAUCUUCGAGUUCCACGUGGCUGGCAAGCGUGGCGCGGCUGCGUAUGCAUCCAUCUGGCUACAAAACCUGGUGGAUAAUGAGGAGACACCAAUCGACGUUCCCAUCUGGAAGACAAAGAAUGGCAGUCGUCUUUGCCAGAAUUACAUUACCGAGCAAAACGUCAAAGCAUUCAUGGACAAGGGACUGGAAGACCUGGAAGAGGUUGGACGUCUUCAAUUCCGAGGUCGCUUCAAGGCGGGCAUGGACGAAUCGCACCGAGACUUUAUCGUGGACAACGACACUCGAGAGACCUUUGAAACCUGGGAGUGUUGCCUAGCAGAGGGUGUCCGACAGCGAGUUGUUGAAGCCGAGGUCCCUGACAACAUCCAGGAAAUGCACGAAGCAUCUCUGACCGAAGGGCGUGACAUACUCAAGCAACAGACAUCGGAGCAUGAGAGACGCAAGUGGCUCAGCAAGUCUGGAGAGGACUGGUCCGGAGCCUUCACCCACGAUCCAAGAGCGUACACCAACAAGAAGCAUGAGAAAAUCGCUGAGCCCGGGAGAGACGAUCCUCCGCACGAUCCAUAUGCUCCUUCGGACAAUGAGGAGAAUGACCAGGUUUCGUAUGACUCGGACGCGGACUCUGAUUCAUCUUCUGAUUUGGGCAUUACUGACGCCAGCAAUGCGCCCGAGGGAGGAUUCCAGAAAAAGGCGGCGGAGAGUGCGGACGGCCAAGCCGACGAGCAGGUCAAUGGAAGCGGUCAAGCACGUCCCAGUGGCGACACGAUGGCGACAACAGAUACCAACUAUACAACCAUGACGGAAGCUUCGUCUGGAUCUGUGCAACCCGUAUCCAGGAGGGAUUCUAAAUGGGAGAAGAAAGCCAGCGAUCGAGCCGAAGCACGUAAGCACCGUGGCUUGGCUCAAUGGACUCCAGCGAGAAAUGUCAAGUUCGCAAAGGACGAAGCCAAGAUUGGAGUGAGCAAGAUCAAGAAGAGACUUGGUAUGGGUGGUUUGGCGGGAAGAGAACCUGGUGUUGAAACCGAGGCUUGAUAAGGCUGGUUGGUGCAUAUAUGCAGGUCGUCAUGAAGUUUAGGACGAUGUUGCGAUUUGAUGGCCACGACUUUAACACGAUGGCUUGAUUACAAUCUUGCGUGUACUUCUACUACGAAAACAAUGAGUGUGCUGAUGACUGGGAUGGUUUUCAUGGGGGUUUGAAUAUUAUUGUAUUGGUUUUGUACUUGUAAACAACAUCUGCAUUCCGUACGGAGUACAAGCCACGGAUCUACAUCUGGGUAUUCGAUUGAAACGUAGGUAGAACAGAUUGGGACAACUGAUACAAAGCACAAACGAGGGACCAGUUCGGCAGAGGAUAUUCCGUAUGGAGCUGUAUCAAAAUGGGUUGAUGGCGAGGGACAGGGUUGUACUGUAUGGCGUAUACUGGACUCACUGAUCAUCCGCCCAGACUUGCUUAUGAGAUCAAUGAUGCAAGGACCGUGCGAGUGAAAAUGUACUGUAAAUGGACGAAGCUGGACUG